CAGGAAAGAGAGAGAGUUAGGCAGAUAGGCACUCCCUUUUUAUUGAUAUGCUACUCCACUUCUUCCACCCACAACUCAAGUAAAGGAGCCCAGUUUCGUAUCGGCCCGAUGGCUGGCAUGAAUGGGACACAGGUGGAAAACCUAUCUAGCUCCAACAGCAGCACCUGGCAGGCAGAGGCUUCAAGAGGAACCGAGAUUGUAGUUACGCUGCUUAUCUUCUUGGUGGGCGCGCCUCUGAAUGGGCUCGUGGUUUGGGCGCUCGGAUUUCGGAGUCAUCGUCAUGUGGUGCGUAGAGGCAGUAAUGAGGAGACACGCGCUGCCAGCAGUUUCCGUGUCUAUGUCCUGAACCUUGCCCUGGCCGAUCUGGUGCUGAUCCUGCGGACCCCUCUCAUGUUGGGCUUUCUCAUUCACAACAGCUGGCCAUUUGGGGACACCUUCUGCCGCAUCAUCAUGUUCCUGCGGGUCCUGGGAUUGUACGCCUCUGCUUUCCUCCUCUGCGCUGUGGCUCUGGAACGAUGCUUGUGCCUGCUGAGGCCGGUGUGGGCUCGACUGCGACGGCCAGCUUGGGCCGUCCCUUUAGCCUGUGGUCUCAUAUGGCUGAUGGCUACCAUCUUGUCUAGCCCCUACCUCUACUUCGCUGUCCUGCAGGAGAAAUCUGGGAAACACCUUUGCUAUGAGAGUGAAGGGCAUAAUACGACUUUGUUCGUAAUCGAAACUUUAGCAGGUUUCAUGUUGCCCGUGCUGGUGUUCCUGGGAAGUAACCUCGCUGUUCUGCUCACUAUUAGGAGAGCUUCACCUCCAACACCCACCUCCUCCACUCCUUCAAUGGCACGCAAGAUGAUAAGGAUGUACCAUGUGCUCUUUUUCACAAUGCUCCUCUUCCUCACCUGCUGGGUCCCCUAUUUUGUUUGUCGAUUUAUACAGGCUUUGGCCAAAUCUCACUCUCAGUCAGCAAGCUAUGGUAAAUACAUAUCUCUGUACCUGGUGUAUAUCAAGAGCGCCCUGAACCCCGUGCUUUACGUGUUUGCUGCCAGAGGCUUAGGCCGUGCCAUCAAAGCUUCUCUGGUCUCCACCAUUGACCGACUUUUCAAUGAUGACUCCUCAGAGUCCAUACGAAGGAAAUCACUGAAAAACUCGCAGAUGUAACAGGGAGGCCAAUAAUGUAAUAAUUUAGCAUGUUAACUCUUCAUUUCUUCAGCAUUUCUUUUAACAUGUGCAUUUCUCCUUUUGUGGAAAUUAUUCAUCCCCCUUUAAAAUGUGAGUUGUGUAAAUACAGAAGUAGAAGUGUUUGAGUUAUUACAAGUGAAUGUACCGCAGUGUCCUCUUUAUGAGUGAAAACCACACAUAAUCUUGUAAAUAAAAUGAUGAUUUUUGCUUUAGUUUGACAGUUUUGCAGAGAUGUGAUCCUAUCUGGACCAUGUAUUUCAAGGAUCUGGACUGUUAUUGAUUUGUUUUAAAUGUACACAUACUUUUUUAUUUUUUAUUUUAAUAGGCUAUUAAAAAUUUUGAGAAUGGGAAUGGAAAA